UGAGAGAGAGGAAGAGAGAGAGAGAGAGAGGGAGAGAGAGAGAGAGAGAGAGAGAGAGGGAGAGAGAGGGAGCAGACGAUGCCGGAGCAGAGUAACGAUUACCGGGUGGUGGUGUUCGGGGCGGGUGGGGUGGGGAAGAGCUCGCUGGUGCUCCGCUUCGUGAAGGGCACCUUUCGGGACACCUACAUCCCCACGGUGGAGGACACGUACCGCCAGGUGAUCAGCUGCGACAAGAGCGUGUGCACGCUGCAGAUCACCGACACCACCGGCAGCCACCAGUUCCCCGCCAUGCAGCGCCUGUCCAUCUCCAAGGGCCACGCCUUCAUCCUGGUCUACUCCAUCACCAGCCGCCAGUCCCUGGAGGAGCUCAAGCCCAUCUACCAGCAGGUGCUGUCCAUCAAGGGCAGCGUGGAGAGCAUUCCCAUCAUGCUCGUGGGCAACAAGAGCGACGAGACGCAGCGGGAGGUGGAGACGCGGGACGGGGAGGCGCAGGCCGCCGCCUGGAAGUGCGCCUUCAUGGAGACGUCCGCCAAGAUGAACUACAACGUGAAGGAGCUGUUCCAGGAGCUGCUCAACCUGGACAAGAAGCGCAACAUGAGCCUGAACCUGAGCGGCGGCAAGAACAAGCGCACCGACAAGCUCAAGGGCAAGUGCAGCCUGAUGUAGGCCCCAGGGGGCGGGGCUAGAGACCCGGAGCGGGGCGGGGACCAGGGGGCGGGGGCCUGAGGGCGGGGC